CUUGUCCACCGCACGUCAUUCUAGCACUUCUACCUUUCCCGUAUCCCCCGGUUAUGACUUCCAUCCACAGUAGGGCACAGCUCGAGAAUCUGAAACGGGGCGACCUACAACGACUCUGCAAAGACUACGGUCUUCGGGCAAACCUCAAAACGGAAGCACUAAUCGAAUUAAUUCUUGGUGCAGCGACACCCUCGCUGAGGAAGUCUGACCCUCCACCAGAGCAACGAAUACGCCGCUCUGCAUCAACACGUCUGUCAAGUCGCUCAACUGCACCGCGGACAAGUUCGGUCAUCAUUCAUAACACUGAUCAUGAUGAAGAUCCAGGGACUGAUAUAGGAGGAGGAGAGCCAGCAGUUACGGGGGCAACGAGUAACUCGCAACGAGAGAGUGCAGAACAACAACCUCCGACGCUACCCAGAACCAGGAAAGCCAAGGAUACGCAGCGCCGGCUAGGAGUUGGUAGACCAAUUGCUGCUGGAGGUAGUGGCGCCAGGGCUGCGACGAAGUCGAUGAGUGUUACGAAAUCGAGAAGAGGCAAAGGGAGCCGGAGUGUAGCACCAGUCGAAGCAACGAUACCCGAAGAAGAAACUGGAGUUAGUGAAGAGGAAGAGCUAUGUCGAGAAAAAAACCAAACGGAAGGGUUUACGCACACUGAACCUGAAAUGCGCAAUGAUUUCAUGUUUGGUUCAGGCCAAGAGCUCGAACGACGGGUGCACGAAGCCCUACAACCCAUUCUCAAACAAUUGGAAUCUAUGAAAGCUGAAAUCGAACAAUACAAGUCCGUUCGAGGUGAAAUAUCUCAACUCCGAACGAAGGUUAUCGAGUUGUCCGAUUGUAGAGAGAAAAUUGAAACUCUCACUCUGGAACUUAAACAGCUGCGCGAAAAAGCCAGCAGUGCUGAUUCUCUACAGGCAGAAGUUCAGGAUUUGAAAGAGGCCCUAUCACGACUAUCGCCUGUGGCCACUCGUUCACCGAUUGAUGCAGAAUUAGCAUCAGGGUUCAGGACGCCAACGAAUAACUUGCCCAAUGCUACACCUUCACAUCCUUCAACUGCCGCCAAUGCUUCAAAUCAUUCUUCUGCAGCGCUCCCACACCCAGGAUUUGCUCCGAUGCUGCUUGGGAAGCGUCAGCGCGACUCAACCGUCAGCAGUAUGACUGACAUGGUUGAAGAGGGGCAGGAAGGCGACUUUUCCGCUGCUGAACUUGCCAGGAAAGUUGUUCGACCGAAUAGAAAGCGAGCGAGAACUGGGUCUCCUGAUGGAGAUCCGCCUGAAAUAGAAUCAGGUAACGAAGACCCUGAUGAAGCACAUCAACCAGGAUUCGUUGUGUACAAUGACCGUACAGAAGUUAAUUCUUCAUUUGACGAUCCGCCUCCGCCCACUACACCGUUACCGCGAGUUUAUGGCACACUCAGUCCACCCGAUGAUGCAGGCCCCUCUAGGAAUCCCUCAACGCGUAACACUUCCCAGAACCAGCACCCAUUUGGCUUUUCAUUCCUUGCCGUACCUCCUACCCCCCACGCUUCUUCAUUCAUGACCCACAACUUCCCAUAUCCCGAACCACCGCAGUCACCAACCCCUGGCGGGAGCGAUCAUCUUCGAAACCCUGAUAACCACGGCGGCCACCAAGAUAUUUUUCAGUCGUUGGGACUCCCUCCUUUGGGGCGAACAAGGUCCCUUCUGACGCCCUCAAGACGAACUGCCAGCUCCGAUGCGAGGAAUUUUGUGAAUCCUGCAGCAUUGACGGGAGGAACGGAAAGCGACCGAGGCGAGCAGAGCACUGGAGGGAUCAGUUCAGAUGAGGUUGGCGCCCUCGACGCAGGCGACGCUCCAGCGGUCAAGCGCACUAUGUAUGGAACAGAGCUUGAAAGUGAUACUCGCUUUGGGGAUUUUGGUGUUGAAGGCGUUGCCAGUGGUUUUUGGACAGGGAGUGGUCGCUUUUGAUCAUCCUGUCUCAAAUGCUUCGCGGACAGUUUUCUUUUUUGUAUCGUUUGUUUUCUCUCUGCCGUGUCGUAAAAGUACAGCCGCCGCAUCGACUGAGGUGUGGCUUUUGUAUCAAAUUGUAAUGGGCCCAGUGCCUCCU